ACCUUGCUCCUCCUACACAAUGUCUGCUAACAUUGGACAGUGCAGUUGGGUGGCUCCCUUCCAACCAUUCAUAACCUGAAGGCAGAAGGAAAAAACAGAAUGUGCUUCAUCAGAGAAGCAACAAACAAUGGAUCCCAAAAGCCAGUGUCUGGAGCUUAAUGACGGUCACCUCAUUCCUGUACUGGGAUUUGGCACGUAUGCACCUGAAGAGGUUCCCAAGAGUGAAGCUCUGGAGGCCACCAAAUAUGCCAUAGAAGUUGGGUUCUGUCACAUUGAUGGUGCUCAUUUAUACCAAAAGGAAGAGCAGGUUGGACAGGCCAUUCGAAGCAAGAUUGCAGAUGCUGUGAAGAGAGAAGACAUAUUCUACACGUCAAAGCUUUGGGCCACUUUCCUUCGACCAGAGUUGGUCCAACCAGCCUUGGAAAAGUCCCUGAAGAAUCUCCAACUGGACUAUGUGGAUCUCUAUAUUAUUCAUUUUCCAGUGGCUCUGAAGCCAGGGGAUGAGCUUCUUCCAAGAGAUGAAAAUGGAAAAAUAAUAAUGGACACGGUGGAUUUCUGCCAUACGUGGGAGGCCUUGGAGAAGUGUAAGGACGCAGGACUGACCAAGUCCAUCGGCGUGUCCAACUUUAACCACCAACAGCUGGAGAGGAUCCUGAACAAGCCAGGGCUCAAGUACAAGCCCGUCUGCAACCAGGUGGAAUGUCAUCCUUAUUUCAACCAGAGCAAGCUGCUGGAUUUCUGCAAGUCAAAUGACAUUGUUUUGGUUGCCAAUGCUGCCCUGGGAUCCCAGCGAUUAAAAGGAUGGGUGAACCUAAACCACCCAGUUCUCUUGGAAGACCCAGUUCUUCAUGCCAUUGCCAAAAAGCACAAGCAAACCUCAGCCGUAAUUGCUCUUCGCUACCAGCUGCAGCGUGGAGUUGUGGUCCUGGCCAAGAGUUAGAAUAAGAAGCGGAUCAAAGAAAACCUGCCCAGGUUUUUGACUUUGAAUUGA